UCCUGUUUUGGAGUUUUCCUCGUCUGUGUUUUUUGUGUUGACAGGUGAAGAGAGUCCCGACCCACACCUUGGGAACCCCUGGUCUAGAGCAGCCCUAUUCAAUUAGCGGCCUGCAGGCCACAUGCGGCCCGAAACCAACUUGUUGUCUGCUGUCUGUGUCUCAGAGUGAAGAUGAAUGAGGACGCCUUCGAGGUCCCGGAGAGGACCGAGUACCGCUACCUGGUCCAGGAGGAGGGGGAGGAGGAGCCGCAGUUUGUGCGUCACAGACAUUACAUCAGCCCUCUGCUGGUGCUCUCCAGACGCUGCAUCUUCAUCAUCUGCCUCGGCGUGCUCGGUCUGCUCUCGCUCGCCGCCUACCUGGGCUACAUCGCGCAGACGCUGCCGCCUGGCCUCGCACAGGUGACCACGGACUGCGGAGAGUUUCGAGGAAGACACAAAGAUGGAGCGUACUCCUUCAAAGGAAUGCGCUACGCUGCUCCACCCGUCGGUGACCUGCGUUGGGCCCCGCCAGCUGAUCCAGAGUGCAGGAGCAGGCUGGCAGACGCGGGACGAUUCGGCAGCUCGUGCGCUCAGGCGAGGCCUCUGACGAGCACGGGGAAGGAGAUGGGUCAGGAGGACUGUCUCUUCAUCAACGUGUGGACGCCCUCGCUGCAGCCGGAGGCCAAGCUGCCCGUCGUGGUGUGGAUUCACGGAGGAGGCCUGAUGAUUUUCAGUGGAGGAGAGCAGGGAUACUCGCCCACAGAGAAGCUCUCUGCAGACACCGGGAUAGUUUACGUCAGCUUCAACUACAGACUCAACGCCUUCGGGUUCCUGGCACUGGAGCUCCUGAGAGAAGGUUCUCCAAAGAAUAACUCAGGGAACUAUGGCUUCAUGGACCAGAUCGCAGCUCUGAAGUGGGUCCAGAGGAACAUCCACGUGUUUGGAGGAGAUCCUGGGAAAGUCACCAUACUUGGACAGAGCGCAGGUGGGACGUCAGUCCGCGUCCUCAUGAUGUCACCGCUGGCGAAGGGUCUCUUCCAUGGGGCGGUGGACAUGAGCGGCUCGUACGUCAGGAACAGCACACUGGAACAGGCCGAGUCCGACAACCUGGUGUUUCUGAGGAAGACGGGCUGCAAAGACCUGACCUGCCUCAGAGGACUGCCCAUCAAACGGAUCCUGGAGGCCGCCCCGUUUGAGGAGUAUCCUUCCUGGGCAGCAGAUCUAUCAGACCUCCCCGUCAGAGGAAUCUUCGCCGGUCAGAUCGUCGUGACGGACGGAUACGUCCUGGAAGGUAACCCUUUUGAGGUGUGGGAGAAGAAAGGAGACUACAAUGACGUCCCCUUUGUGAUCGGGACGACGGAGCAGGAAGUCGACGUCAGUCCUCACUCUCCAAACAUCACCAUGUGGACGUGGGGGGACUACCACUGGUUUGUGAGAGAAAAUCUUCAGACCUUCUCUGAGAGUCUUCCCAAUGACGCGUUGGACCUAUAUCCAAGCUCCCAACCCUGCCCCACCACAGACCGCUGUCCAGAGAGGGCUUACACCACCAUGGUGUCCGACAUCAGGAGCACCUGUCCCAACAACGACCUGGCCUGGAGGGCUGCAGCGGCCCUCCAAAGCCCCGUGUAUCGAUACGUGGUGACGUACACGCCGUCAGGACCCGUGAACGUGUCCAGCGACCUGCUGCCGUUCCCCAGCCGCUUCUCCUUCCACUCUCUGGACAUCUUGGCGUUCUUUGGAGGGCUGGAGGACGCUUUGGGGAAACCUCUCUCUGACGAAGACAGGAAGUUCCAGGAUCUCAUCACACGCCACCUCGUCAACUUUGCCAAAACAGGUAAGAUGGAGAGCGAGUGGCCAGAAUACCCAUCAGCCAUUGCUGUCCUGACGGACGGCCUGUCUGUGCACCAGAACUACUCGUACGCUCGGUGUCAGCUGUGGAAGUCUAACGGCCUGUACGACUACGCCUGGAUGAACUGACGGCACACUGAAGACGGACGGACGGCGUUUCUCUGAACACUCCAUCAGUGUGCAUCAAGGUUUAAAUCACUGCUCAGGCAGACAAACACGGGGUCAACACUCCAGCUUUAAUCCUGCAGCUCAAAUCCACGUGACUCACUGUACGUGUGAAAGUUGAACAUUCAGUAUAUUUGAAGUGUCGAUUGAUUUCUCUGUAGUUUAAAUCUGCUGUUAUGAAGAAAGGAGAACGUCCACGUCUGAAUAUAGCUUCUCUCAUUUACUCUAACGUCCACUGGAGGGCGUCUACGUCUAAGACUCAAGCCCUUUUCUUAUUGCAAGUUUGACACAAUGUUUAAAACCCUGGAACAUCUCUCCUCCAGUAUGAACGUCUCAGAUGUUUAAUGGUGGGAUGGAGUUUGACCGCUGUGAGACAUUAGAAAGAGGCGGGGCACUUCAACUGUGAACUGCAGGGUCAAUAAGAAAGUACAAAGACGGGAUGAUGGAGGUGUUUCGUCACAAUUUGAAAAGGGCUUUUGUUUAGAGUUUUGCUUUGAGCUUGAAGGAUCAUCCCUAAUUUAGAAAUACAGUUCAGAUAUGUAAACUGCUUGUUGCAUGCAUCUUUAAAUCUGAGCUUUAAUGUGAGUGUAGGUUACUUCCUCAAAGUAUGGAGACGUUUGCAGACACUUUGUGCUCUGUUAGUGUUUGAAGGGAAUCUGUGUGAUGGUCUGGAAACACAGAGACACUGAGGUUUUAAAUUCAGGGACAUGAUUGGAUGAAAAGGGAACAUGAGACUCUACUACAGUCUGAGUCUUCUGUUUGUGUUGUUACCUGUUGUAGCGCUGCUCAGUCACAGUGUGUUUUAUGAAACCUGUGAGUUCUUGCUCUUUGCACUUGCCUUCUAAAUAUUUUGCACUUUCCCGUGAACACGUUUUAAUAACUUAUAACUGAAUCCAUGUUUUAUACUUUUUUAUUCUUGUUGUUGAAUCAGAUCAGCUUUUUCACACGUUUAUAACAAACCUCGACCUCUCUGAACGCCACUCUCUCUCUCUCUCUCUCUCUCUCUCUCUCUCUCUCUCUCUCUCUCUCUCUCUCUCUCUCUCUCUCUCUCCACCAUGAUUGUUUUUGAACCACUCAUAAGCUCUGAUUCUUUACGCUGUGUUAACAGCUUGAUUUUUUACUCUUUUUACGCUCAAUAAAUUGAAACCACUUGAA